AUGCCUGCAGCAGCAGCAGCAGCAGCAGCAGCAGCUUGGCUUGUCGCAGCAGCAGCAGCCACACCAGCAGCAGCCGCAGCAGCCCUCAAAUCUGCACCAGCAGCAGCAGCACCCCAGCAGCAGCAGCCCCAGCAGCAGCAGCAUCCCCAGCACACCCAGCACACCCAGCAGCAGCAGCAGCAGCAGCAGCAGCAGCAGCAGCAGCAGCAGCAGCAUCCCCAGCACCCCCAGAAUCUCCAGCAGCAUCCCCAGCACCCCCAGCAGCAGCAACAGCAUCCCCAGCACCCCCAGCAGCAGCAGCAGCAGCAGCAGCAGCACCUUGCUGCGUUGGUGGCAACUAAAGUGGCGAAUCCCAAAAUGUUUAAAAGUGAAGUUUCAAUUAGUUGGCAAAAGGCCAGCGGUCCAGACACCUGA